AAUUUUCAGAAGCUUUCGAAGAGACGAAGCUUUUAUGACAGUCAGACAAGAAACAUUUUGUCCGGUUAAAAAUUCUGGACCCUGAAGCUAAUCGUUUUUUUCACAAAAAAAAAACCUUUGUUUUUUAAUAAAUGUUCUUUAAAUUAGGAUAAAUCACAAAGUAAUGAGAAAUAAUUUCUUUGAAUUGUUUCUUCUGGAAGUGAAAGAGAAUUUAAUUAACAGUUUUACCGAAUUCCAGCUGAGCAUCUUGUGGACUUUUUUGUUCAUUUUAAUCUGUAAUAUAAUUCUCAUUGCUUACUUUUGGUCAAGAUACGGAAACACCAUAAGCAGACAUUUUAUUAAGUCGAGUACUUUAAUUGAAAUUGAAAACCUUAGGAAAUCAGUUGAAAGAUUGAAGUUACCUCGUGAACAUACACCAAGAAUCUAAAUCAUGGAUGCAGCGGCUAGCAAAAUCAAGAAGUUCUUCUCCAAAAAAAAGAGUGAAGCAAAAUUUAAGACUGCGGGACCAGGGAGAAAAUUAACAGAUUCUGCUGCGUCAUCAUCAUCAACUUCAUCCCAUUCCAAAAAACCAAAAGAUGUCUACGUUCCCCCAAAGAGAAAUGAUUUGACUGAUGAAGCAAAAACUGCUCGAGAUGCUGCUUUAAGACGAAUUAUGGAAAAUAAUGCAAACAAGCCAUUAAAUAUAUCAAGUAGGGCAAUUAAAGAGCAGGCUCGAAAAGAACUUGAGGAGCAGCGUAAAGCUGAAACGGAAUCUAGUCUCAAGCAACUAAACAUCACAGAUAGUGAUAAGAAGGAUUAUUCGAUUGAAGGUGUUUUCUUCACUUGCCCCCUCGUGAGUGAUGAAAUAUUGCCGAAAAAUGACUGGCAAAUGAAAAUCAAAGCUUUCCUAUACGAACAACUUGAAAGUGAUCCUGGUCUAACAUCAUGUCUUAUUAUAAAGAACUGCAAUACUUUAGAUAGAGCUGAAAGUUGCAUUGAGACACUUCAAAAGUAUUUGCAAAACAUUAUUAAUAAUCCAUCAGAAGAAAAGUUUCACAGAAUCCGCACGAGUAAUCGAAUUUUUUGUGACAAAGUUGGAAACUGCGAAGGAAGUCUUGAAUUUUUACGUGCUGCUGGUUUCCAUGAAAAUGAAAUUGACGGUGACAAAUUCUUAGUAUGGUCACCUGAUUUUCCAACAGAAAUGCUCGUCCAAUUGUGUGAAGCGUUAGAUUUGUGUGAAGUUAUUAAUUUGGACAUUGACAGAAAUAUGAAAGUUCUUUUACCAUCACAAAUAAAGUCUGUCAAUUUGCCUCCUGAAUUCUUCAGAAUAUCACCAGAAGAAUUAAAAAAGGAGCAACAAGCGAGAACUGCGGCCUUGGAAGAAGCUCAGAUGUUAAAAACCAAAGCAAUGCGCGAGAAUGAAGAGAAGCGCUACGCUAGAAAUUUUAAAUAUUCUCUCAUUAGAAUUCGUUUUCCUGAUGGUCUAUAUUUGCAGGGCACGUUUGGAGCUCAAGAAAAGCUCUCAACUGUAUUUGAUUUUGUCAUGGGUGCACUUCAACAUGAAACUGCUGAAUUUUCCCUGAUAUCUCCAGAUGGUCAAAAGUUUUCUAAUGAGGAUGCAGAUCAAACCUUGGUCGCUUUAAAAUUGGUUCCAAAUACGACAUUGAAGUUCGCCUACGAAGGCGAUUCAAGGAGUUUGCAAGAAUUCAUAAAGGAAGAAUUGCUUCUUCUUGUUCAAUCGCUGUAAAAGUGAUUUUUCGACAUUUUUGAAUUUGUUUUUCUUUGAUGUUUUCCUUCAUGGAAUAUAUUUAGCGCUAUGUUUUGUUUUUAAUUAAAUUUAUUUAUCUCUGAAAAUCUUAAUAAAAUUUAUUUUUAAAAAUUUAAAUA